AGAGAGCAAGCUCACCAUGCUGCUUUGGGAGUCUCUGAGGAACAUGAACUGUCACACCACCAUGAUCACUCACAUCUCUGCCGCAGCUGGGAACUAUGCAGAAACCCUGUCUACCAUCCAGAUYGCAUCAAGGGUCUUGAGGAUGAAGAAGAAGAAGAUGAAGUACAUGUCGAGCUCCUCUGGUGGAGAAAGCUCCUGUGAGGAAGGCAGAAUGCGCAGGCUCACCCAACAGAGACCCUUCCAUAUCAGAGCCACGGUGGAUCCCGACUUCCCCAUUGCGCACCUGUCCAGUGAUUCUGACUACUCCCCAGCAUCCAGCAUCGAGCAAUCUUGUGACACUGUCAUCUACAUCGGGCCUAGUGGCUCAGCCCCCUCUUACAAGGAGCUCACUGACAAUGAGGGGCCCCCAAACUUUGUUCCCAUUGUACCUGCCCUGCAGAAGACCAAAGGUGACAGCCAGCCCACAGAGGCAGGAGAGGCUGCAGCCAGCAAAUCAAAAAGGGACUGCUUGAAGUGUAACACAUUUGCUGCACUGCAAGAGAGACUAGACUGCAUUGAUGGCAGCAAGGAGCCCAGUAAGUUUUCUUUCAAAGAGCUGCCUGUACAGUUUGGGGCAGAGCAGGCGAGCAAAUGCCCCUCAUUAAGCCAAGUGUCUGGGGCAAACUUACUUUCUGAGUUCGAUAAGGAAGACAAUGGGUCAGAUGGCCAGGUGACUGAUUGGGAAGGCCCAGACAACCUGGCCUGUAAGAUGCAAAGGAAUCACUCCCCUGUUCCUGCCACAGUAUGCAGCAGCCGCCCCACCCCAGCCUCAUCCCGAAGCAUCCCAGGCAGCAGUGGCCAGAUGGUGCAGAGCCCCGGCCUCCAGAGCAGCUGGGAGAGCCUGAACUCCUGUGGCUUCAUGGAGGGCAAGCCCAGGCCCAUGGGCUCCCCAAAGCUGGGCAUUGCCAGCCUAUCCAAGACUUCUGAGUACAAGCCCCCCAGCUCUCCUUCCCAGAAAUGCAAAGUCUAUACACAGAAGGGGGUCCUGCCAACCUCUGCUCCACUGCCACCAUUGAGCAAGGAUUCUGGUAUGGUCUCUAGCAAGUCCUUGCUGCAGCCUGAGGUACGUACCCCUCCGGUUGGAAUGAGCUCCCAGUUUUUGAAGAAAUCUAUGUCUGCUGGGAGUGAGGGGUUCCCAGAAACCCCUGUUGAGAAGGAGCAUCAGGCAGCAUAUCCUCCAGACUCCAUGAAGGAGAUUCUGAGCACCACAGUGGUGACCAUGCAGCAGCCAUUGGAGCUGAACAUGGAGGAUGAGCUGGUGUUCACGCUGGUGGAAGAGCUGAACAUCAGUGGGGUCCUGGACAGUGGCCAUCCCACCAGCAUCAUCAGCUUCAAUAGCAACUGCUCUGUGCAGACCUUAGCCUCAGGCUCCCAGCCCGUCAGCAUCAUCAUCAGCAUCAGGGAGGAUCUGGAGGGCUACUCGAGCAUGGCUCCCGUCUCUGAAGUGAGCAUCGCACAGUUCUUGCCCCUUCCGAAGCUAAGCCUGGAUGGGAAGGCUCAGGAGAGAGGCAGCAGGUGUUCCUCCAUCAGCUCCUGGCUAAGCGACAUGAGCGCUGGCAGUGAUGGCAAGCAAUCAUGCAGUUUCAUAUCCCAGACAUGUUUUGGCCAUGGAGAACCUCCAGCCUCAGAGUUUGUUAGCAGCAUCCAGAACAGUGCUGUGGUGUGCAGAGAGAAGCCCAAGGAAGGCCCUGACAACCUGCUCAUCUUGUCUGAGUGGGAAGACUCUUUCAACAAAGCCACCCCCAUCAAAAGCUGCAAAAUAUCCACACUGGGCAAGGCCAUGGUCACCAUCUCCAAUACAGCCACCCUGAGCAAUUGCGAAGGUAGUAAAGAAACCAGUGCAAAGAGAGAGAUGAAAUUUGAGGACCCCUGGCUGAAACGAGAAGAGGAAGUGAAAAAAGAGAAUGCUUUUCAAAGUGAAGAAGGGAUUAGAUAUGAGACUGCCACAGGCCCCACUAAGCCUGAGACCAGACCAGAGCAAGAACAGGAUAGGAAGCCCAGCYCGGGCGACAGGCUCAGCAGCAGCAGUGGASAGGUAUCUGCCUCCCCAGUGACUGACAACUUCAAGAGGGUUGUGGAUGGCUGUGAGAUGGCUCUGCCUGGUUUGGUGGCCCAGAGSCCAAUGCAUUCCAGCAAAAGCCUGAAAUCCAGCAUCCUUCCUAGAGCAUUUCAGAAAGACAGCAGACAGGAGGGGCUAGAUAACCUCUUCUACCACUGCAGUGCCGACACCAAUGGCCUGGGGACAGUAUCAGGCACCCAGGCCUCUAAGGCAACCCUGGAUCACAAGGUAGCUUCCCCGAAGCAUUGUGUCCUUGCCAGGCCUAAAGGGAAUCCUCCUCUGCCCCCUGUCCACAAGUCCAGCUUGGACCAGAAGAACCGGGCCAGCCCCCAGAACAGUGCCAGCAGCAGCAGCAGCACCAGCAGCCCCUUGAACCAGUCAGCCACCUUCUUGGACAGCUUCCCUGAUGAGCCCAGCAGCAAGAUGAAGGAUGCCAGUAGCAGCAGCAAGUUCUUCAGGGAGCAGGUAGCCAGCAGAACCAACUCUCUUGGCAGAAUAACAGUCAGCCACUACGAAUGCUUGUUGCUGGAGAGGGUGGAGAGCCUGUCCUCCAUGAGCUCACGACUGGACACUGGCAAAGACAGCACCAUGCCACUUUCUGGCAGGAGCCUGGACCAGAGCACAGGGGCCUCACCACCCAGCUGCAGCACCACCCAGUCAGCAGGGGCUUCGCCCAAGGCCAGCCAGUCCAAGAUUUUAGCCAUAAGCAAGCUCCUCCUGGCCAGCCCCAAAGCCCGCAGCCUGUCAACCUCCACCUUCAAAACCCUCAGCUUCUCCACCAAGUCGCUGCCUCAGACAGUGGGCCAAAGCUCCAACGUGCCCCCCAGCAGGAAGCACAUGUCCUGGUUCACCCAGUCACUCAGCAGGAACCGAAACUCUGGAUUGGCUUCCACACUGCCUCUGAGAGCAAUCAAUGGGCGCAUCUCCGAUCUGCUGCAAGGGAAUGGGGGCACCCAGGGCUUGCAGGUGUGGGCUGGACCUGAGGCAGAGGAGCACAGUGGGGCUCCCAUGGAGGAAAAGCCUACAGCAGCGCACCUGCUGUCCUCGCCCUACAGCAAGAUCUCCCCACCUCGGAAGCCACACUGGUGCAGCAGGGGGCAUGGCAGUGACAACAGCAGCGGGUUGAGCGGGGAACUCCCGCUGGCCAUGGGGAAGACUGCCCUCUUCUACCACAGUGGUGACAGUAAGGGCUACAAGAGCAUGAUGAGGGACAGCGAGGCCACCGGCAGUGCGUCCUUGGCCCAGGACUCCAUGAGUGAGAACAGCAGCUUUGUGGGCGGCAGGUGCCGGAGCCUGAAACCCCCAAAGAAAUGGUCCAAUUCAGGUUCUCAGAGACGUUGGCUCAUCCUAGCAUUGUCCCUCGAUUCCUCCUCCCCUGUGAGAAAACCCACCACYAGCACAGGAGUCCGCUGGGUGGAUGGCCCCUUGUGGAGUACCCAGAGGGGCCUCAGGAAACCAUUUGAGAUCAAAGUGUAUGAAAUCGAUGAUGUGGAGAGAGCUUGCAGUGGCGACUCUGUGGCGCAAGCAAGGAGAGGACCUGCUUCUCUUGAGGUCAUGUGCUUUAACGCAAAACUGAAAAUUCUGGAGCAUCGCCAGCAGAGGAUYGCAGAGGUCAGAGCCAMSUACGAGUGGCUGAUGAAGGAGCUGGAGAUGACCAAACAGUACCUGAUGCUGGACCCCAACAAGUGGCUCCGUGAAUUCGACUUGGAGCAGCUGCUGGAGCUGGAGUACCUGGAGGCCCUGGAGUGCGUCACCGAGCGCCUGGAGAGCCGCAUCAACUUCUGCAAGAACCAUCUCAUGAUGAUCACCUGCUUUGACAUCACCUCCAGGCACCGAUAA